AUGGAUGUGAUUAAAAAUCCGGGAGUGAACCUGUACCAAGGAAAAGACCAACCUAAUAAAGGUAAAGGCAAAGGCAAAGGGAAACCAAAGGAUGGAAAGAAGAAGGCAGCAUGUUAUGUAUGUGGCAACGAAGACCAUAUGGCUCCAAAAUGCCCAGGCAGACUGCUACCAAAGAUCCAAUGGAAGAAUCAGGAUCAAUAUGUUGACUUUGGGAAAAAGCUCAAUCUUUAUCAGAUUGGAGCAACCGUUCCAGCUACUGUUGCUACUGUUCCACCUAUAGUUCCUGGAGCUUCUGCAUCCACAAGUGGAGCAUCAAGUGUUGCGGGAAGCGUUAACACACCUUUGCGACUUGCUGGUACUACAGGUGUAAUCAAAUGA